AUGCCUGGCCUGUUCACCCCAUCUCCAUCGCGUGCACGCGCGAGCCUGGGAAGCGGCUUUUUCGAAUCGCCGGCGCGGCCUUCGUAUGCGACCGAGUCGUCCGGCCGCCAGGCGAUUGAGGCUGACGUUCACGAGACCCGCAAACGUUCCCGAUAUGGCCAAAGCACAUCUACCGCACCCAUCUCGGCGACAAGCACCUGGGACGAAGACUCGCUGAGCAACUCCCGUUCUAUAGACACCAAGAGUCCGCCGCCGCUUGCGAACGACCGAUACGAACUAGCUGGGGGCAUGGAUGCGUCGCAUAAUUCCACGACAUCCGAAGGCGACUACGACGAUUACUUCAAUCUCCAGAAGCAGCGUGGCACCUGGUCUGUUCCGCCUACUCCCCACGUAGCUCUGGCGACACAGGUAGCGGCUGGAGAGAUGCACGCGACACCCGGCGGGACCAAAUCAUGGUCGCUCAUCGGCCUUGUGGGCGGAGUAGCCGGCAAACUUUUUCAGUUCUGCACCGUGCCGUUCCGUGGCUUCCAGGCGGGAGGUGGACAGAGAUAUGGCAUCGACUCACACGGGGAGGUUGCAGCGAAGCUUGGUUUACAGGAUGACCCCUAUCCAGCCGGUGCUGUACAGCAGACGACACCAGGAGGCUUCCCCAGCGAUAACUACGGCAUCGAAUCCACGGAGCCAGCGACGGUAGAGCCAGCGACGAUGGAGCCAGCGACGAUGGAACCAGCGCCGAUUGAGCCAGUCUCGAUGCAACCCCCAGCAGAGCCAGCCUCUCCCGAUCGACCGAGGAUGACAAAGCGCCUCCGCACGGCAGACAACUGGGUGGUUGUUGGCACAAACUGCGAGUCCGAAACGAUGCCAUCUACGCCGCGAGUAGCAGAGCGAAGGCUUCCCGGUCAUACACGAACGCCCUCCUACAUCCCCCGUCCUGUGUCGCGCGCAAACAUGACAACGCCAUCAUCCAACAAGCGGCAUUCUCUGAUCCCCGUGUCGCGACGAUCAACAAUGUCAAGGCAGUCUUUCGGUGGGAGCCCACAGUCCACUCCUGGUUCGCAAGGUCAAUCCCGAGCGUACAACCGUCAAAGCUACGGCUCGCCUCUCAUGAUGGACGAGAACAUGUCAAACAAGUCCGUGAGCCCGCUCCCGAAAGAGAGUCAUCAUUUCAUUACCAAGGCGCAGAGGGAAGAGUUUGAGGAAGAUGAGCGUAUCCGCAGGAUGAGCAUGCAGAUGACUGCUAUGCUGAAGGAGGCGAACGAGGCUCUGGGCACCAAGUUUGAGGUGAUGGACUGCGAUGACUAUGGGGUUGACAGUGGAGGCAACAAGCCGCAACCAGUUUGGUUUUCGUAA